AUGUAUGCGGUAAAACAUACUACAAUAACUAAAAUUUUAAAUUACAUCCAUACGUCUUCCAUAAAAUUAACUGCCGCCCAUAUCUGUGGGUCUACUAGGGUAAAUCUUAAGCCUAACUUUGGAUCUAUCAGUCAACCUAAUGUUGUCAGCGUUGAAAAAAGGAAGUUAACAUACUAUCACACUUUGUAUCAAACUAUUUCUAGUAGAAAUUGGGGAAGAGUUGAUGCUCUGUUAUCGCAAUACAAGUCUGAGGGCCUCAAUUAUGACGAAGUAAUUUAUACUUUGUUGGCGCAUAUGCACAUAUUAUCACCCACCAGUCGCUGUGAAAAUGCGUAUCUUGUCAUUGAGGAGAUGAAGCAGGCCCAGAUGAGUCCCACCAUCAUUCGCAUGAAUCAAAUGCUUAUCAACUCUUAUUUGGAACUCGAGGGGAUAUUUUGCCAGCCUCCCAAGAAUGCCUGGCAAAGCAUAUUGCGAAUGGCAUGGCAAUCGGCACUAGCUUUCGUUAGGGCUAGAAAAAAGCAACUGCUCAAAACACUGGAAGAAAUGCCUCCCGACCAAUUACUAUCCAUUACAGCCCAGGAUAUAGAUGAAAUGGUUAGACAUGAUAACAUGAUCAACUCUAGCAGAUUGGAGAUCGAAGAAUCGCAAGAUAUACCUAUACCGCUAGGUAUCGAACUUAAAUGUGAAAAUCAAUUAUCAGAGCAUUAUCAGGUACAAGAAUUACAGCAAGAAGCUUUGCAAGAUGAAUGUAGCGGCGUUUAA